UCUAAAAACAUAUGUAACCGUGGCGGAAAUCAAAUUUUACAAUCAGGAGUGGAUGCCACUGCUGAGUAGAUACACGAGAGAAUGUAUACCAGAGGAUAUGGAUAUGGUAGUCAGACGUACAGCCACUACAACCCCCAAUAUCACAUUCCCCAGCGAAACUCCCCGCACCAUCCUUCUUAUCAGUCCUACAUUUACAACGCGCCUCGCUAUGGAUUUAACGCGUUUACCCGCGGCAAUCCUGCUCCGUUCAACCAUAUUCCAACAUCACCUUCGGCGAUCCAUUAUCCAGGAGAAUCGCGUUUACCCGACCUAACGAGUCAACGAAAAAGCUACGAGGCUCACUGUCAUUACUAUUCGCCCUCAACUCUGCCUCCACAACCUGCUCUUCAGCCUCCAGUGCCGCCGAUGCAGCGAGAGAAGGAAACUGAACAUGGCAUACACGAGGGAAACACGAGCACGAAAUUAACGGACAAUUGUUACCCAGCUGGUGAAGUCGAUGAGGACGAAGAUGACGAGGAAGAGAAAUCAGAGAAACCAAAAGGAAAGAAAAGAAAAGAGAGAACAGCUUUUACCACACAUCAGCUACGUGAACUAGAAAACGAGUUUACUCGAAAUAAUUAUCUCACGAGACUGCGGCGAUAUGAGAUCGCUGUUACCUUGGACUUAUCAGAGAGACAGGUUAAGGUCUGGUUUCAAAACAGACGAAUGAAGUGGAAAAGAGUUAAAGGGGAAAAGAAACCCGAGAAAAAAUCUCCUUUCCAGAUAAUACAACUGGAAAAAGAGAGACUUCAGCAAGAAUCUUGCGCGUAAUCGAAGAACGUAACUAUACACCGAAUGCAAAUAUGGCGUCCAAUUUGAAUUGCCAUUGUUCUGGACUCACUAGCCUC